UGCGGAGGGCUUGAAAUGUGGCUGAGCGCCUCGGACACCUCAGACGGACGGUGGCCAUCCCAAGACGCGCCUCAGCCCGCCAUGGCCCGGCUCCUCCGGGCAUCCUGCCUCCUGUCCCUGCUCCUGGCCGGGUUCAUUCCGCCGGGCCGGGGACAAGAGAAGUCCAAGACAGACUGCAAUGGAGGCAUGAGCGGUACCAUUUACGAGUAUGGGGCCCUCACCAUCGAUGGGGAGGAAUACAUUCCUUUUAAGCAGUACGCAGGCAAAUAUGUCCUCUUUGUCAACGUAGCCAGCUACUGAGGUCUGACAGACCAAUACCUUGAACUGAAUGCACUACAAGAAGAGCUGGGGCCGUUUGGCCUGGUCAUUCUGGGCUUCCCCUGCAACCAAUUUGGCAAACAGGAGCCAGGCGAGAACUCGGAGAUCCUACCCAGUCUCAAGUAUGUCCGACCAGGGGGCGGCUUUGUCCCUAACUUCCAGCUCUUUGAGAAAGGAGACGUGAAUGGGGUGAAAGAGCAGAAGUUCUACACUUUCCUGAAGAACUCCUGCCCUCCCACUGCCGAGCUCCUGGGCUCACCCGGCCGCCUCUUUUGGGAACCCAUGAAGAUCCAUGACAUCCGCUGGAACUUUGAGAAGUUCUUGGUGGGGCCAGAUGGCAUACCAGUUAUGCGCUGGUAUCACCGGACCACAGUCAGCAACGUCAAGAUGGACAUCUUGUCCUACAUGAGGCGGCAGGCAGCCCAGGGGGCCAGAGGGAAGUAACUGGUACC